AUGAGGAUUCUUAGUCUUCUUGGAAUAUGCGCUUCUGCAGAGAUAAACAUGACUCCAGGUGGCAUGCCAAGUCCUCCAACAAAACAGGUGAUUGCUGAUAAACGAUACGAGUCUUUGGUCGGGAAAGGGGAUUGGGAAAUGAUCCUGAAUGUGAUGGUCUGGAGCGAAGGACCGACUUGGUGGCAGGACAAACUGGUCUUUUCCGACACCAGAUUGGAGAAGAUCUACUCUUGGGAUCCGAAAACGAAGUUGACCGAUGUUGUGUUGGAGAAAGCCGGCUACGGAAUCGACCCCGUUAUCGACACUCAUCUUUGGAUGGAACCAGGAAGCAACGGUCUUGCAGCGAAUCCGCUUACCGGCGAUUUGAUCAUUUGUCAACACGGUUCUCGAGCUCUGGCCUCUCUUUCUCCCGACGGAACUGUUCGUAAACUUGUCACUGAAACUCCCUACGGCCCCUUGAAUUCGCCGAACGAUGUUGCUGUCAAUACGAAAACUGGAGACAUUUACUUCACUGAUCCCGUCUUCGGGAAACAGACCAUCAAUCACAACUUGAUCCGAGGAAAUAUGGGAGGAGCGCCAGAACUUGAUACACCUGGCUUUUCUGGAGUCUACAGAUACAACCCAAAAACACAAGAAACAACAUUGAUCAACAAUGAAAUGCAGCAACCAAAUGGUAUCGGUGUCACACCAGACAAUGAGUUGAUCGUUGCUUAUUGUAACGAAACUGUCUGGCAGUGGUGGAAAUGGCCAUUGAAUGAGGAUGGAUCAGUUGCAGGGGAGAAGACCGUUUUCAUCGACGGAAAAGAUGUAAUGGAAAUGAUAUUUUCUAUUCCCAAAAAAGAUGGACUUACUAUUGAUGAAGCCGGAAAUGUCUGGGUAACAAGUGCUGGAGGUCUCUAUGUCUACGACAAAAAUGGCGUUUUUCUCGGCGCUGAAAAAUUCCAGACAAUUGCUACUUCCAACGUUCUUCUUGGCCCAGAUGGAUAUAUCUAUGUCACUGGAAAUCAUGGCGUGUAUAGAAAGCCUCACGCAUCAAAGAAGCACGAUGAGCUUUAA